UAUUGAAAGUCACAGCUCAAACACAUUUCUGCACUGUUCAAAUAUUUAAACAAACAAGGAUAAGCUUCUCACAGCGCAAUCCUAUCCUGCAAACAGGAAGAGACUGUUCGUAUGCACUUUACUGCACCUGCCACUGGCAUGUAUUAUAUUUCCUGGCAAAAGAUUGCUCACGUACAGCCCUAGAACUUGGUCAAACGGUAUAAAUACCAUUCAGCAAUACUCAUCGGUACAUCAGUACACACCAGCGCCGAGCUUGCACUUUCCAACUCCGGUAGAUUCAGCCAACUUGAAGGAAUCCCCACAAACAUGAAGGUCGCCAUCGCAAUUCUCCUGCUUGCCACCGUGGCCAUCGCUGCCGUUAAUUGUUCCCCUUCUGACCACUGCGGAAGGUACGAAGUGCGUGCCUGCGACUGUCCGAAACCGUGCGACGGUCCCUGCUACCGGCCCAGCAAGUGCGUCUGCAUCGCCGGGUACCACCGGAACCACCUGGGACACUGCGUUCCGGACUGCCCGUCGUGCCACCACCGUCGUAAUCCUUACCCGUCCAAGAAGUGAGGGUAUCAAUGAAGGGUUGGAAACCAACUCAUUAAAUCGAAAUUGAUGAUGAAUUUGUAAAUGGAACUGUUUAUGGAAUCAAACUUCAAUAAAAUGGAAUUUAAAUUGUAUUUUAAAAAUCAACUCAACUCCUACGGUUAAAUCGACGCAGU